AUGAACUGUUCAGCUGCUUUCCCAGAGGCAAAUGUCCACCUUACUCACGGCGACCUUCUCCCCCAGAGUAUUCUCGUCGAAGGCUCCACGAUUACAGGGAUCAUCGACUGGGAGACCGCCGGCUACUAUCCCGCGUUCUGGGAAUAUUGCCGGAUGCACGACCCAAGGUUGAUGACGCCUGCAUAG